UACGUGUAACAUGUCAAAUUGUAAAUAAAUAAGGCUGGCUUAUAAGAAAGUGAAAAAGAUUUUCUUUUGUUUAUUUCUACCCGAAAAGUCAAUUUUGGACAACAGUAGACGGUUCAGCCAAGUCAAAGAAAAGCUAAAAUACAACAUAGAUAACGAUGCCAACUGUAAUAUUACUCGAUACGUCUGCAAAUACAAACCCAUUGAUUAAAAAACAUGGUACUGAAUAUAGUAAAACAUUCCAAAUGGCUAUUAAUGGGAUAGCAUGCUUAUUGGAUCACAUAUCUACUGCUGCACCUUUAGAAUUUAUUUCAGUCGUGACGUAUGUUUAUGGAUUAGAAGUCUUAUGCCCAUUUACAAGAGAAGUCAGCACAAUUAAAACCUCGCUUCUUCAGAUUAAAUCUAAUGAUAAAUUUUAUUUGACCGAAAGCUUAAUAGCCGUAGAAAAGUUCAUUGUUUCAGAAUGGGGCAGCUCUCAUUCCUGCAAUAUAGUAGUGGUUCUUAUGGACAAUGUAAUAAACCUAUGCGGAUUACAACUUCCAUUCUCAUUUCCUGGAAAUAUAAUUUUCGUUUCCCUUAGUUCUGAACCAGUGCGAAGUAAUGUCCCGUCAAAAAUUGAUUGGUUCAAGUUUAGCGUGAAAGUGUACCAACCCGAUUUGCCAAUAUCUGGUACAGAAGUCCAACAAUUAUUUAUUUCCAUAGGGGAACGGUUUUAUUCGUUGUGGAUUGGAAACUUAAUUUGUGGUCAUUUUAAUUCAAAAAUCUCAUUGACUCCUAGUCCAGAGCCUCAUUUCAAAGUUUCUGACUUUGAGUACGCCACAUACACUAUGGAACCACAAAUAGAAAUUUGUGGAUUUAUUGAACUCCAAAAUGUUGGAAGCCCCGGAGCUGUGUCAAGACAUCUCGUUCUGCCUUACUCACCACCAAUACCGUAUUUGCACAAGCCAUUUUCAUCCUAUUCGAGCAGAAAUCAGGCUUCGACAGAUUCAGAUGACGAAGGCCAAGAUGAGGGGCAAGUGCCUUCAUUUUGUGUUCUGCUUCAUGGAGCUCUAAAGGUGGAAAAUAUGGCAGCUCUAUGUCAAGUUGGAAAUAAUUGGUAUGGUGUUCUAUUUUCUUGGGCCGAUUCAAAAAAGAAAUCCAACCUCAUGCUCAGUCUGUUGGAACCUGGUUCAGAACCUGUACCUUGGCUUGGAGACCUAAAUAAUCUUACAAUCAAGACUGCAUCGGAAGAAUGUGAAAGUUUUCCUGUUAAAACAGUUGAAAAAAGAAGUUAUGCAGCCAAUUGUGUUGCUUGGAUCCGUCAAGCUGGUUUUCAAACCGAUAUCCAAAAGAUUUUGCGCCAUGCACGUAAAAUCCCAGAGAAGACUUUGCAGUUUUACAAAGAGUUGAAUCGUGUCCGAAGAGCAGCAAUCUGUCUGGGAUUUCUUCCUCUUAUCGACGGUUUGGCGGCCAUUUUGGAUAGAGAAUGUACAACGCUUCCUGGGACGGUUCAUCCGGCGUGUGCAUUCCAGUUGUCUCAUGCUGCCGUCAUACUUCGACAACCAUGCAGUAGGGACCCAAAAUAUGUCAUUUUACCCAUGAAUAUGUCGUUUUGAUCAUAAGAAUAAAAUUCAAUUGGGUUCUUUAAAAAAUUCUAAAAAAAAUAAAUGUUCAUAAAAUUUUUCUGUUUAAUAAAAUGUAGCUUAACUUUUGUUUAUAGGUGCAUUAGUUUUUAAAUAAUUAUGUUGUUUUUGUGACAUGGGAAAUUAAACAAAAAUAAACCAAGAACGCAGAAUCAAUGUAUGUAUUAAAAUUUAAUAUUACUGCAUAAAUUGAUCAGAUGAAGAGGAUAUAAUUGAAAAGAUAAAAUUUAUUGUUAGUCCUCAUAAAAAAUUAUAUAAUUCGUAAAGUG